GAACUGCGGCCAUUUUUCCGUUGCCCAUUAGUGUUUUUUUUGCCUUUACAGUUUGAAAGUGUGCUACUACCGCACUUGUUUCUUUUUAUUAUUAUUAUUAACUUUUUUUUUGGGAGGGGGAACGGGGGGGCGUAUGACAGGAAGAUGGGGAUAUGACAAGGAGAGGGGGAUAUGGAGAGGAGGAGGAGGAUGUGGAGGAGGAGGACGACGAGGAUAGCGAGGACGAGGAGGAGGAGGAGUGGAGAUGGGGGAGGAGAAGAGAUGGACGGAGGGAAAAGAGGAAGGGCCGGAGGAGGAGGACGAGCGGGAGGAGAAGACAUGGACGGCCAGGAAGGGGAGGACACGAGGAAGGGAAGGAGACGAGGAGGCAUGGAAGAUGAGGAAGUACGAGGAGGCAUGGAAGAUGAGGAAGUACGAGGAGGAGGAGGAGACAAGGAGGAUGAGGAAGGGCAGGAGGAGGAGGACGAACAGGAGGAGGAGGAGGAGGAGGAGGAGGAAGAGGAGGAGACGAAAAGGAGAAGGGAGGAGGAGACAUGGAGGAUGAGGAAGGGGAGGAGGAGCAAGGUACUCACUUGUUGCUUCAUCAGUGGUUCAUGCUCGACAUCUCCCUGCGAUCAUGCUGUUUCUCAAACCUUCGGAUGCUCGGGGCCGUAAGACGACAACAUGUGCUGUUUAGAUCAUGGAUAGUGAUUGGUUGCUAUCUUCACCCUCGGCUGAUUGGACUAUAGUGGGACAGGC